UAUCACAUGGAAACAGUUGCGGCCGCAAGGAAAGCCAUUUCUAUCCCGGUGGCGUCUUCAUCGAGCCCAGUUUUGAAAGUUGGCCGUCUCACGGUGCCGUGCGAUUUCAUAACUACAGCGCCUCCUACAGACCCGGUGUAACCGAUGAUGCACUAAAGAACAUUUCAUUCCACGUGCAGCCUGGAGAGAAGGUGGCUAUUGUGGGCAGGACUGGCGCAGGAAAAUCGUCCAUUAUACUCGCGUUAUUGCGUAUGAUUCCGUGCACAGCUGGUUCUAUCACUAUCGACGGUGCUGACAUCUCUUACGUACCACUGAAGAUACUACGUUCUGCAAUCAGCGUCAUUCACCAGGACCCGUCACUGUGGUCUGGAACACUGCGUGAAAUUUUGGACCCUGAAUGCUGCAGCUCAGAUGAAGAACUCUGGCGAGUUCUUCGCAGCGUCCAGUUGAACAAGUUUGUCGAAAACAGCGUUGAUGGCCUCUCAAUGUCCAUAGAAGAAAACGGUGGUAACCUGAGUGCGGGCCAGCGUCAACUGGUCUCACUAGCCCGUGCACUCCUGCGAGGGACGAGGAUUCUUGUUCUCGAUGAAGCAACAUCCCAAAUGGACCAGGAGACAGACCGCAGAGUGCAGGCAACGCUAAGAAAGAACUUCGCCCAUUGCGCCGUAAUUACUGUGGCGCACCGCAUCGACACCAUACUUGAUUACGACAGGGUGGUGGUAAUGGGCGACGGUCAAGUUUUGGAAUCAGGAUCGAUCCGGCACCUUCUCACCGACAGAAAUUCUAAAUUUAGGAAUAUGUUGCAAAGUUCAGGCAUAGAUCCUGACAGGUAACAUAAUUUACCAAGUUGCCAUCUCUGAAAAAAGUUUGUCUAUUGAGUCUGCUUACAAGGUCCAAGUAGAGACCAGCUACUAUAAUAUACUUCCUGCAAGUAGUGGCUAAGUGAAAGCUAGCUUUCACAAAUAAGAGCAUCUGUUGUUUCUUCAUGCAGUGGCACUGACAGGUGGAUUUCUGAAGAAAGUGUGUUUGUAGGACGUUUUUACCCACUAUAUGAAGAGAGCAUAUUGCGCGAUGUCUGACCAGGAUAAACAUAACCUAAACCAAUAUCACUAAAUACAAGAAACACAAGAAAUAUGAACACAAUAAAGAAAACAAGAGUAAAUAAACAAAAAUAUCAGCCUAAAAUAAAUGAAAACCAAGAAAUAUGGAGCGGCAGCCAAUAGUUUAAGAGACCACAAAAAAAUGCCUAUCGAAAGAUUGACUCUUCCAACCUGGGCUAGCCAUUUCAUGCCAUUGUUAUUAUCCAUUCUCAUUCAAACUUUCAUAGUGUGUCCAAAUGCGUAUAUAGCCGUGAGCAUCCUUUGUUAUGUACUGCAUCAUACCAGUGAUGUAAUGUAAUCAUUGUGUUUGACGUGACAAAUUCAUGAUGAGAUUAGGCACGCUAUAGUGGGUGACUCUAGAUUCAUUCUAAUCACGUGGGGAUGUUUAAGUAGCGCUAUCAAUUCUAUAUUUGCCCUAUAUCUAACACCCUCUAGGAAGCAUGAUGAGAGACUUUGACAUGAGUUUUUCAAAGUGCAUACGUGAUAUGGCUGUUUUGCUGAAAUAAUAGAGUGAAAUCGACUGCCUGCCAGCACAGCUCGCUUACUGGAUAAUGAUGUGUUUACGGGUGGUAUUUUGAAAUUUUGUACUAUCUUGUGGUACAGUUAAUCUUUCUACUUAGUGUUUUAUCAAAGAGU